AUGUCCCCAUUUAACGACUAUUGCAUUUUCUGCGAUCAAAUGAUCAGUAAAUCAGAAUUCUCUUCAACUAUAACACCAUCUUCACCAUUUUCCAAAGAAGAAUUGCUUUAUUGCUGCGACUCAUGCAAAUUGAAUGACCAGCAAACAGCUAUUCCCGAUUCAGAAAAACAUAAUAUCCAUAAUGAACAAAAUUACAUAUUCCAGUCAUCUUUGCAUAAAAAUUACAAUUCUCUAUUGAGUUCUCCAUCGACUUCACCAGGCGCUACUGCUACGAAAUCGUCUAAAAAUAAAGUAUCUUCCAAUAAAAUUGAUACUACUAAUCCUUAUUAUACCAUCUCUUUAACAUCCUUUAGUGACAUCACAAAUAAAUCAUCUUCGUUCUUGAAUAUCCCCGAUCAAAUAGCUGAAAAUAACUAUAAGCUAUGGUUGCAUAAAUUAAAUUUUUAA